AUGGAAGUUAAUCCCAUAGUUACUAUGCUUCAGUUUCUCCACGACAUUUCCUCGUCGCGGUGGCGAAGCUUGCGUGCUAUGCUUUCGGUGGCAUGUGCCUCCUCCAGUUGGAUGUCCAGUAAUAAAAAGUGGACCAAUUCGGUGCACGCUGUGUCUCACCUAAAAAAUCCACUACGCAAGCUGGAAGAUAAACUUGCAUUUGUUGUGUUUGCAACAAGCAUGAGUUCAACCCUUAUCAAAUCUUCGUUCGCGAAGUCUAACCAUGAUGAUGAUGAUGAUGAUGAUGAUGAUGAUGAUGAUGAUGAUGAUUAUUGA